GGCGGGGGCGCCUGUUCCCGGCCCGCCGUCAUCGCCGCCACCUCGGGGCCGCGCUCCGCUGCCGUCGGGGCUCUCGCGAUGGGCAGCAGCACCCUGGACCUGGACAAGCACGGACUGGCGCUGCUGGCCGCCAAGAGCGACGUGGUGAACGGCCGAGCGGCCGCCAGCUGGGCCCUCUUUGCCUACGAAAAUGCCAACGAGCUGAAGCUCCUGGACUCAGGGGGAGGAGGCCCCGAUGAACUGGCCAAGCGCUUCGAAAGCGGGCGCAUCAUGUAUGGACUGUGCCGCCUGUGGGAGCCCACCGCAGGAGUGCCACACAUCGUCCUGAUCCACUGGGUUGGCGAGAAAGUCCUGGACUCGCGCCAAGAAGCCUGUGCUGGGCAUCUGCCAGCCAUCCGGGCCUUCUUUAAGGAAGCCCACCUGGUGCUGAAGGCCAGCCGGGUGGAGGAGGUGACUCAGGAAGGACUUAACUGCCGGCUGUCCCUGGUGGCCCCCCCAGAACAGCCCCCCCCAGAAGCUGCCUUCCCCAAGAAGGACCUGAGUGGCGACCCCGAGGAACUGGUGGGGACCAACUACCAGAAGACCAAUCCCGUCCUGGAGAUCCUGCACACCAAGAGGACCUCCUUCUGGGCACAGGUGAAGAGGGAAGAGGAGGAGAGGCGCCAGGAGGAGAGGAGGAGAGCCCAGGAGGAGAGGCGGUGCUGGGAGCGCUUGCGCAUGGAGGAGGAGCGCCGGGAAGCAGCCGAGCGGGAGCGCCGGGUGCAAGAGAAGGAGAGGCUCAUCCAGGAGCAGAGGAAGCAGCAGGCCCAGCGGGAAGCAGAAGAGCACCGGUGGGAAGAGGCCCGGCGGCGGGAGCAAGCAAGAGCUAUAGCUGGGACGAGUCCUCAGAGCUGGGCAAGUGAGACGGCCCUGGAGGUGGCAGGGCCAGGCGGACAGCAGCCCUCCAGGAGAGGCUUCUUCCAGAGAGAGCAGCUGGGCUCCUCUGCCUCGGGAGAUCCAGGGCCAGGUGCUUCACCAGGAACUGCUCCAGGCCAGGCUGGGUCCAUCCUGUCUUCCAUGCGCAGAGGAUCAGGGGGGGAGAGAGCCCGGGCCAAGCAGGACAACCAGCCCCACGAUGGGCGGCUGCCCUGACUGCCCGGCUUCUGCCCGCUCAGCAGAGCCCAGGGUUGCUGCUUGGAGGAGGUGCCUGUCUGUCCUUGUGUCCGAGGGCGGCCCCCACCUGCAGCCAGAGCAGAGCAGCCGCUGGCUCCCUCUACUUCACACCAGCGGAACCUGGGCCUGCCUGCUACUAGUGCUGCGGUCACAUAAACACGCGAUGUCCGAGCAAAUAAACCACUUUUUGGCUUAACCGAA